UGCUGAACCCCCCCGCGCUGCAUCGCUUACAAGAGAGCAUUGAGUCCGCUGGUCGGUCUGACGCGUCUCGGACAGCCCAAAAUCGGCUGUUCUUCCAUGGGUGGAGAUCAUAUCUUAAAGAAGCACGGACUUGAUCUCUCGCGAUUACACGUUAACCCCGGGAAAGUGUUUUUAUGAGAUAAGAGUGUGCCCUCUUCUGCAAACAGCCAUCUAUACUCAUGAGUUCGACUACUAUUGACGACAGAGACAGCUCUGUGUCCCGUAUUGGCACCUGGAUCGAUGGGGGCACUUCACACGAGUACGAUAGUACAGUGUCCAGCUCCAAGACAACCGGAGACCAUCUUACAGUCACUUUCACUGGAACUCAAAUCGCAGUUUAUGGAACUUACGACUCUAGCUCUUCUGGAGUUAUCACGUCGUACGCUAUCGACGGUGGUAAUGCGACACGAGUUACAUCUUCGUCUGGUGACGGAGAUAUCUACCACGCAAUGUUUUGGCAGUCGGAUUCAUUGGGGCUCGAGCAGCACGAACUAAUUGUGACGAUGGUGCACGUCAAUACAGGCUACGGCGAUCUUGAAGGGACUGUGUGGUUCGAUUAUUUCAAUGUCUACAAUGAAACGACUUCAGCAUCAGCUUCCUCAUUCGCCGGUUUCGCAACACCUUCAUCGUCAACUUCUAGUCCUACGGCAAACUCCCCUGAUGCUGCCGCUUCCCUUGCUUCCUCUGAUUCCUCAUCAGCCAACAUUGGCGCCAUUGUUGGAGGCAUUGUCGGAGGUGUCUUUGUUUUUUUGGUCGUCGCCGUUGUAUUUGUAUGGUAUCGGUCUAGGCAAAAGCGACGGGAGGUGCGUGCCCGCGCAAUCGGCAAUCCUCCGCCACCAUUUCCGGGUUCUAACGGUCCAAGACCUCCGCUUCUUACUUCUGGUGCCGCAGAACCCUUUAUACCGACGAGACAAAUACCGGUCUUCCCUGUUGUCUCGUACAGGGAUGGUGCUAGAGACAGCGUGGAUACGUCGUCUUUCACAGAACCCAUCUUUGCUGGUCCCACUUCUAGCGUGUCUUCCAAGUUGUCACACCACCAGACGGUUUUGUCAUAUGUACCGGCAGCGCCAGGGUCAUCGACAGCGCCGGUGUCAUCCUCGUCCGCUAGUCGGUUUGGCGGUGAUAGCGUAGCGGAGAUGAAGCAACGCCAAGGGGAGGCCGUGGCUGGAUAUUUCGAACCUAUCCAGCAUGUCGACAGUGGGGUUCGCACACGUCCGCAACCAGAAGAUGAUUUGCCCCCAGUCUACAGUGCUAAUUAGCUGCUUCACUUACGCCUUUGCGUUACUCGUGAACUAUUUUUGGCUUGGCCUUACAUAUCAGCGACACCUUCACGCCACCACCUUGUUGCUUUCUACUUUGUGUACUAUUUCUUGGGUAUAUUAUUGGCAAGUAGACGUUCUAUGCCUUCUUGUACACUACAAUUUGAGCCUUGCCGUCGUAAAAAUGGAUCAUUUCACAUGAGUUUCUAUACUCAGUGAAUCGGGUUAACUUUUGUUUCUACGUUUUCUAAUAUUACGAUGUAACUGAAUAUGAAUAUCUGUCUUCAUG